AUGAGCGAGGCCGCAGAAGCUUCAGAAGCUUCAGCAAUCCUGUUUCUGGACAUCGACGGGGUCCUGCACCCCGUAGAUGAGCAGGAAGACAAGUAUUUUGCGCAGCCGAACUUAGAGCAGCUGCUGCGCAUCGUCGAAGCCACUGGGGCGCGUGUGGUCCUGUCCUCCACCUGGCGCCUUGAUCCUACAUGGGGGCCUCAGGCGGAGGAACGCUUGGCACAGGUGUCGCCACUCCUCAAGCUGCUGGGGAAGACACCGUAUUUCCGACAUGAGGGGCGCGCAGCAGAGAUACGAGCAUGGCUGGCAGAUCACCCAUGUAGCAGAUGGGUCGCCAUCGACGACAUGCCUCUAGAGGAGGCAGCCAAUCAGUUGCGAACCUUAGGGCUUGAACUACCGUAA